CCACCGUCAUGAAAAAGAGUACAUCACCGAUUCACCCACCGUCAUGAUUUUCUUCAUUCAACCUAAACUUUAAUUUCCUUCUCUAUUUAGGUAACUAAUAACUGACAUGACCCAUUUCCACACUGAAUUCAACCACCAUCCCAAUACUUGUACUACUUUUGUACCUUAUAGUUAGUUAUUAUUAUUGUUAAUUUGUUAUCAUACAACAAUUGGUUCAAGCACCCUCCAAAAUCUCUCUCUCUCCCUCCCCUUAAAAUAAGCACAUUGCUUACUUUGCCUCCUAUUGAUCCGUCCAAUUUUUGUCUUCUAAUUUCACCACAAAACACUUUUAUACCAUAUGGCAAAACAUGAUCAAAACCAGGAAAAAUACCAACAAGACAAGCAAUUGGAAUUCAAAUGCGACAACGAGGCUGAAUCUCAAAUUGAGGCGCCAUUGCCUCUCACCGUCACUUCCAGGGCUUUGUAUAUGUUGGGAGAUAUAACUGCAGGGCCUGCGUUUAGGUUCACGCAAUGGCUCCAAUUGGUUCGUAAACGCACUUCCAAUUAUCGCUCUUCUGGCUUUCCUCGUCGUCCUUCAACCACCAUGCUUUCUAAUUCUAGCGUCAAAGAAUCAACUGAGGAUCUCAAAUGUGAUAUACAGCCUGAUCAAACAGGAAUUAGCUUAUGGGAGAGACUUGGGAAGGCUGCAAUGUUGGAUAUUGAAUCAGGCUCCUUUUCUUGGGACGAGCUCUCUUCACUGCACCAUACUGAACACAGCAGUAGUAAUGAACAUUCUGAAGAUGAAAUGAACAAAGCUCUUGAGGUAACCGUGAAUUCUGGAGGUGUUGUCUUCUUUGCGUUUUUCAAUUGUCAAGGGAGUGAUGAUGCUUAUCCAAAUGAGGCGGCAGCUGUUAUAAAAAUAGCAUCGUCAAGAAUGGCAACACAAUCUGAACGCCUCGGAUAUGAAUUGGCUAAGUGGCUGGGAAUCCAAACUCCACAGGCUAGAGUCAUUCACAAUACUAGUUCAGAAUGGCAACAAAUAAAGGAAGCCACAGAAAAAGCUAGAGAAGCGGCGGCAAGUUCUGGGAGUGAUGAAGUUGGUGAAGUGACAUGUUGUGAACUUUUGGAAGCUCUUGAGCUUAGCCGGUGUCUGUUUUUAAUGAGUUAUGUGCAUGGUUCACCAUUGCUUGAAAGCCCUAGUGCCUUUGAGCUACGGGAAUCUGCAGAAAAAACAGCGGAAGCUCUUGGCAGGGUACUGAUGCUGGACUUAGUCAUCCGAAAUGAAGAUAGGCUCCCUUGCCGUGAGCUUAGAUGGCGUGGGAAUUCUGCAAAUUUGUUGUUGGCUGAAAAGAUGAUCUCUGGAAAUACAAAUACACUAGAAGCCGCUUUGGAUUCUGCGAUUAAUCAAUAUAGACCAAAGGUGGUUAGGGCAAUUCAAAAAGAAAGAAGGUCAAGUUCAGUAGAUAGCAAAUUGAAUUCCCAUAAUCCCGGCUUGAUCUCGCAAGCCUCUGAUCUUUCUGAGAUCAUAGAUUCACCGAGAUCCGCUGACAUGACCCUUAUAAGUCAAAUAUCAGGAGAACCAAUGUGUUCUGACCUUAACAUUGUAGUCAUUGAUUCUGGUGUUCCUCGGCGACCCCCUGCUGGAAAACGUGCAAAUGAUCAGGUUAAUUAUCCUAAGUUGGUUGAGUUGCUGAUCAAUAGUUCUGAGUAUGCAUCAAACCUGUUAAAUGAUAUAACUGGAGGGAAAUUAGGAUGUCCUCUACCAGAAGACAUGGAUGCAACUGAUAUACAUGCAACUGAUAUGACAUCAGUAGUUCAAGCAUUUCGUACUGGUUUCCGAGCUGCUCUUAGGGAUCUACAGGGAUUCCAUAUAUUCCUACUCACCCUUCAUCAAAGACUUGAUACUUUGUUGCGAUCAUUCAUGAACAUUAUAAGCAAACUAUCUACAGGGGAAUCUGACAAGGAGGACGUAUUGGUUCCUGACUCGCCUUCACUUGCUGGUAGUUCCUCUCCAAUAAGUAGACAUGCUAAUGAUAACAAUCAAGAUAUUACUGAUUCGGAAUCACAGAGAAUUACUUCAAGGUCAUUGUCUUCAUGUAAUAGAGAUUGCAGUGACUCAACUUCAGCGUCAAGAGAGAGUUGGCAUGGAAGGUCCUGUAAAGGAUAUGGGGAGCUACAGCGUAAUCUCCGUUUGACAGCCAAGCUCCGUGACUUUAAUAAAUAUGCCAAGGUUGAUGCUGAAUCUAGUAAAGAAUUGGAACAGUGGAAUGAAAUGCUUAAAAAUGAUGCCGUCAAGCUAUGCCAGGAGAACAAUUUCAAUACAGGAUUUUUUGAGGGCAGUGAAAAUCACAGUGUCGUUGAUGCAUAUGAACUGAAGGUCAGACUUGAACAUAUUCUUGAGAGAAUUGCAUUGAUAUCUGAGGCUGCAAAUACAGAGAAACCAUCUGCUGUUACAAGCUAUCUGUUCAUUGGUGGCGCACUGGCUGCAAGAUCUGUAUACACUAUGCAAUACUUGGGAAUCACACAUAUUUUGUGUUUGUGUACAAAUGAAAUUGGUCAAUCUGAAACUCAAUUUCCUGAUAUAUUUGAAUACAAAAAUUUCUCGGUGUGUGACAGUGAAGAUUUUAACAUCACCACUGUAUUUGAAGAAGCGUGUGAUUUUAUAGAUUGUGUUGAACAAAAAGGUCAGAAGAUUUUAGUCCAUUGCUUUGAAGGGAAAAGCAGAAGUGUUACAUUGGUCCUUGCUUACCUAAUGCUCAGGAAGAAGUAUACUUUAUUAAAAGCAUGGCAAAAAUUGAAACGAGUUCACCGUCGAGCACAGCCAAAUGACGGUUUCGCAAAGAUCUUACAAGAACUGGAUCAGAAACUGCAUGGGAAAGUUUCAAUGGAGUGGCAGCAUCGGAAACCAACCAUGAAAAUUUGUCCCAUCUGUGGAAAAAAUGCUGGGUUAAGCAGUAGUUCACUUAAGUUACAUCUGCAGAAAUCACAUAGAAAGCUAUCAUCAGGUAGUGUAGAUAGUGCCAUGACAAUGGAGAUCCAAAAAGCAUUAACAGCUUUGAAGAUUAGCCAGAGUGGGAGUAUCAGCCCCACACAGAAGACUUCUCCAAACAGUGGCAGUUUAUAAAUUGUUGUGCAGAAGCCAAAAGGCUCAGAAUGUGUGUCUUUUCCUUGUUGUUUUUCUUCUGUGAAUUGUAAAUAAAACAUAGUUAUGAAAGUAGGUCCUAUGGCUGCCCAUUUUGUUUAUAUGUUGCAUGGGAGUUGUCAUAAUCAAAUUAAUAUUACAGGCCAACUAAUGUAUUGGUUAAGAGGUUAAUGAUGCAAUUUUGAACCAAACUCUGUGUUCGUAUAAUCAAGAGCAUCGUUGAAUUCUUUGGAAACAAAAUUAUGGGGAACUUUAGAUUGCCUCAAGUUCAUUUUUGCAGAUUUUAGUUUACUCGAAUUCUCGUAUUACCUUUUAAGUUACUUCAUGAGGAAUGUAAUCUGACCCAUGUUUUUAGAGAGAUUAACCAAGUGGUUGAUCUAUUAGCAAAAUAUAGUCUGUAUUUGAACAAUUUUUAAGACUUGUGAUUCUCCACUCUCUUUGUUACUAGUGAUUUC